UCUAUGAAAAACCCUAGAGACUUCACGCAGGCAGUCUUCACCGCGCGGCGGCCUCAUACCCGCAGGCAGUUUUCACCGCGCGGUGGCCUCAUCCCCGCCGGCGAGCCUCCACUCUCCUCCGCCGGUAAGCCUCCACCGCCCCAUCGAUCGCUCCUCACCCGCCGGUGGCCUCCCCCUCGGCGGACAUUUCUUGGUGCAUUUGGCCCCCCCCCCCUCCACCACCAGCGAAAUUUACCCAUCCCGAAUCGCCCCCCAAAAUCGGUCCUACACCGCACCAGAUCACAUCUCAUGAUUCCAGUGAGAAUUCGAAAAGGAGGAAGCAAUGACGGAGGUGGCGCUCCUCCGGGGCCCGACCAACCUCGCUUCCACCAAGCGGCAGCCCCGAGCGCACUGCGGGAUCUGCUAGGAGCCGGCGACUCCUUGAACAGCAUGGGCAAGAGGCCGUGGAGGAGGAAGAGGAGCGGUGGUCGUUCUUGGCACUGCUCUUCGAGCUGUUGCAGAAGUCGCUGCUCGGGUGCAGGACGGUGGGCGGCGGCGGUGAAGGCGAACACGGCGGCGGCGGGAUGGAGAUUGGGCUGCCCACGGACGUGCAACAUGUCGCGCACGUCACGUUUGACAGGUUCCAUGGAUUCCUGGGGCUGCCCGUUGAAUUCAAGCCCGAAGUGCCCCUCCGUGCUCCCAGCGUGAGGUAUGACUCUUAGUGUCCAUCGUCAAUUUAGAUUAAUUUUAAGUUCACGCUUCCAGAAAUCUGACUUUAUUUUUGCAGAAUUUACUUAUGCAAUAACAUGAACUUUUUUAGCUCCAAUUUGAACUUUAACUUGAGGGUGUUUGCAGUUUUCUUCUUUUAAUUCCAAGUAUGUCUGGUGCUUUGGUAAUUGAUAUGAACAGUUGAUAACAAUAAGUAUUAGAUUAUGUUCUUUUAGAAAGCUGUAAAAUCUAGAUGAUGUUUGCUUGACACAGGUUCGUUAAUAGUUCAUCACUCUUUAGCAUUUUGAUGGCAUGCUCGUUUCCGCAAUAUAGUUUUGAUCCUUGAAAAGUAGUCCCUUUUGUUUGUGUUACAGCCUCCAUGCUCCCUUGAUCUGAAAUAUCAUUGAAAAAGCAAAAUUUUAAGUGGAAUUUGAGUUUCGUUUGAAUUGUGUUAUGAAGUAUGAAGUUGGUUUUCGUGUUGGCGGCCUUAGCAGGAUCUGAACUACGGUUGAUGAAAUGGGCAUGUCUUCUGAUAGUGGAUAUGCUUUGGACCGCAACUGUUCAUAGAAAUAAUUUCUGUGUUUUUUCCCAUGUUCCAUCAAACAAUUGGUCAAUCAUUUCGCUGAUGCAAUCUUGUAGCAUCCAUGAUUUUACUGUACUUGCUUACCUCAUCUAAGAAUUAUUCCGAUUGUACUAGGUACAUAAAGUUGAUUGUUACAUCAUCUGUCAUUAGUAAGAUUGGAAAGUUGCCAGGGAUUCCAUGAUUUAUGUAUGGCCUAUUUUGUAUUGAUUAGAUUAUUCACUAUUUUUCUCUAGACUUGCAAAUUACUUUGGUUUUUACCUUUUUUUCUAUCCUUCAUCUAUUGUUCGUACAGUAGACCUUGGCUUCAAAUACUUGGUAUAUUAUUUUUUGUCCCAUAUAACAGAGCUAGAAAUAUUGCCAGCAGCCGAGCACAUAUGACUCCAUAUAUUGUAGGAAUAUUUCUUUAUCAGAAUAUGAUCCAAGACCACCUGAAGGAACAAUUUCCAAUUCUGAACAUGAAAGAUGAGUGUAAUGCUAAUGCAUGAAUCUGAAAGUGCAGGAUUUUCGAACCAGUGCAGGAUGGGGCACAGGUUGGCUCCUGUCAAGUGCCAAUAACUUCCGUACUAAAUUCUAAAUGCUGGUGAAUAGAAGUUCACCAAGAAGACAAUGAAAAAAAACUAGACCAACAAGGAGGAACUAGGCAGCUUUUAUAUCAAGAAAAUAGGCACCCAAUUUGCCUGGACAAGUACUUGAAUGUGGGUGGUAUAGGAACACCACAAAGCACAAACAACUGAGCCUGUUCAGCUGCCUUAGCCAGGAACCCACUGAGAGAACAAUACCAAUAUUGGGCCAAAAAAAUGUUGUCAAAUCAUGUCUGGCAAUUUGGAAGUUGCGAAGUUAGUUAAAAAAACUGUGUGAAAGAUAUGUUUAUGGACAUGAAUGAACUCAGUUACAAGAAAAUUCAUCAAUAAAUUUGCAAAAUUGUAAUAA